ACUAACGUCUGAAUAGCUUAUGUGUCCUAUCCUUCUAUUUAAUAAGCACAAUCAGUUAAUAAAAUUGAUAAACAUAUGUUGUUACAGAAUUUUAAGGUUGUAAAAAAUAAAUUUUUUUGUUCACUUUAAUUCCGUAAAUUGUUGACAGCUGUGAAUAGGUAGAAAGUAAGUAGCUAUUUUUUACGGCAUGAUUCAGUAUGGGAAGGGGAUACUCCCCCUAAUUUUAGAAUAACGAUCAAAGUUCUCAAUAAGUUUUGUCACAGAGCCGUAACAGUUGUUGCAUAAGCGCAAAGUACUGACAUCCAACAGCUCAUCUCAUGGCAAGAAAAAGGGUAUCUAAAAUAAAAAACUUAGUUGUGAAAGACUCCAAAAAGGAGUAAUAUAAGGAGAUGGCCUCUUAUGAAAGAUUUGAUGACAAGGACACUGCUGGAGAUAAUAGUGCUGUAGGCCAAACAAAUAUGGGGCCAUCAGAAGUAGCAAAGCCCUCUGAUGUAAAAGUAGUGAUCGCCAAGCCAGCAAAUAUAAUUGAAGGAAGAGUAAAUACUCCAGAUCAGAAGCAGCAGCAGCAUCAAUCACUUUUUUAUCUUGCUCCAGAAGGGGCUGGUGAUAGUAGUCAGUACAUCACUGAUCCAGCUGGUGACCCUUUAGAACCCAAGACAGUUUUGCAAUCAUUGCAGGUUCACAUCCGAAGAGUUGUAGAGCACAUUGCAUUCCGACUGGUCACUGUGAUUCUGAUUAUUGUUGACUUCAUCUUUGUAGUUGUGGACCUGGCAUCAUGUGUGGAUGUACUUGAAAAAAUCUCACACGUCAUCAUAAGUUAUUUCCUUUUAGAAGUUGCAUUGAGAAUCUUCUGCCUUGGCCGUACAUUCUUUUACAACUGGCUGGAUGUGGUAGACAUGCUGAUUGUUCUGGUGUCCUUUGUGCUGGACAUGGUCUUUGCUGGCAUUUCAACCCCAUGUGAAGAUGAGGAGAAAAAUAAUAAUGCAGGUUACAUCAGAAAUCACCAUCGGCUUGUUGUCAUUGGUCGAGUUGUGCGAAUUGUUCGACUGCUUCGAUUAAUUUACCUGAUGAUAAACCAGCGAAGACAUGUACAGACAGCAACAAGAAGAAUAGUGUCACAAAACAAACGACGCUUUCAGAGGGAUGGUUUUGACCUUGAUCUCUGUUAUAUAACAGAAAGAAUAAUUGCUAUGUCCUUUCCAUCAACUGGCUUGAUGGCUUUUUACAGAAACCCUAUUGAGGAGGUAGCAAGAUUCUUUAACACCAAGCACAGAGGACAUUACAGAAUAUACAAUUUAUGCAGUGAAAGAGACUAUGAUGAAACUCUUUUUUUCAACAAUGUUGAAAGAGUGUACAUUGAUGAUCAUAAUGUACCAAAACUCAAAGAUAUGCUGGAUUUCACAGAAAAUGUGCGUGAUUGGAUGGCUGCAGAUCCCAAAAAUGUUAUUGCAAUCCACUGCAAAGGUGGGAAAGGUCGCACAGGAACUAUGAUCUGCGUGUGGCUCAUUGACUCUGGGAUUUUUGAGGAGGCACAAGAAAGUUUACAGUACUUUGGUGACAGAAGAACAGACCUUACCAAAGGUAAAACAUUUCAAGGUGUGGAAACUCCAAGUCAGAGCCGUUAUGUGGGUUACUAUGAGAAGUUGAAGAAUGAGUAUAACCGGCAGCUUCCUCCAAGAAAAGUUCUAAAAAUCCAGUCUCUUAGGAUUGAAAGCAUUGGGAAUGUUGGGCAUGGUGAUGGCUCAGAUUUCAGGAUGGAACUCAGACAAGAUGGGCUUCUCAUUUAUGAAUGUAAUCUUGGCACACAGGUUAACUGCAAGGUGAUCAAGUAUACUGACACUGACAGCAUUGCCAUGGAACUGGAGAACUGCCCCAACAUAGAGGGAGAUAUCAAGAUCAUGUUCCACACUACUAAUAAACGAAUCCCAAAGGAUUAUGACAACUGUCCUUUCUACUUUUGGUUUCACACGUCAUUCAUUAAUGACAAUAGGUUGUAUCUUUCUCGAGAUGAGCUUGACAACCCUCACAAGAAGAAGCGGCAUCAUCUAUACAAAGACAACUUUGCUGUUGAACUCAAGUUUGAAGAAGUCAAGGAUGACCUGUGAUCCCAAAACUGAUACUACUACUUAUUUAAAUCUGAUUUGUUUAAAAAAAAAAAAAAUAGAAAGAAAAAGAAAAAUUGUUUCUUGAACUGGGAAGAAAAGUAUAUUUUUACAGAUCAGUAUGAUUAGUAGAGAUCUUAUAUGUCAUUGCGAGAAGAGAGCACAUUUGUUUUACCAACAUUCCUUACUACACCAAGAUGAUAUACUGAUGGGAUUUAUAGCUUUUUCGGCUAUUAAUAUACUCAGAGUUGAAGUAUUUUAUGCUUUUUGAAUUUUUGUAAGUUAAUAUUAAGUUAAAAUGAACUGCAACAUUUUAUACUUGGUUUGCAUCAUGAUUUUCUUUUUAAUUAAUGCAUGAGAAGGUCAUGCAGUUGUUGCUAAAACACUUUAUAUCUGCACAUUCUGCUUCUCUUCUAUUACCUUACAACAAUGGCUAAACUGUUUUUAUUUACACAUUCUGUUUCCUUUGCCUGAACUUUAAAUAUUUGCUAAAACUCUUUUUUUAUCUGCACACAGCCUUAGAACUUUUUUAUCUACUCACGCUGUUUCCGUUGCCUUUGCCAUAAAACGCAAAAAAAACAACAAAAAAAAAACAAAAAAAACAAACGAAAGAGUAUAAUGACCAUCAGCAAAGUAGGUGGGUCUUUUGGUGUUGAUUAUUUGUAUAGAAAAAAGUCGAAAUCUGAAACAAAUAUUUUAACUGUGCAAUAUUUGACCUUUUUUUUUUUUCUUUUUUUUUUUUUUUAACAAUUGUGACAUUUAAAUAGUGAUAUUAUUUUGUCAUCUUUAUGCUGACAACGAAAGCACCAAUAUUACCUAUAAUAUCAAGGAGAACCCUAAAUUCACUCUUAUUAAUGAUGUGUUGUGAAUAUAACAUUUAGAUAUUCAUGUGCAGUAGUUACUUUAAUCCAAGAAAUAUUGAAAAUGGUGUUUUGACAGAGGCUUGUGUUUUCUUGAAAAUAAGCAAAUUAUUUAUCUUAGGAUUCUUGAUACCAAGGGGAAGUACUCUUUUGCUCCCUGUGGUAUGACAUCACAUUCCCUUCCCCAACUCAACUCUCCAACAAGUCUCAUGACUAUUUUAUGAAGAUGAUAGAAUUUGGCACUGUUCCUUUCAUUUUACUGCCCAUUUGGCUAUAUUUGUAAUACUCAAGCUGCUAAUGUACUAAUAUUUCAUAUUUAAAUAUAUUUUUGUAUGUGUAUGUUCAUUUCUUUCACUUCACCAAGUAAUAUGUUUAUUCAUAUUGCUUUAUUCGUGCACUUUGUUUUAUCUUUUUUUCCAAAAGAGUAUCAUGUGUUUACCUACAAUAAGUGGAAUAGAGCAGUUAUGAAAAUGUAUUUAAAUAAUCAACAGUCAUUCCAUGUUUCUGUUUAGUUUAUGGUUUAUGGUCAAGAAAAAAGAUUUCAUUGUCCUUUUUUUUCGUUGCUCUUUUUUUUUUUAACAGUAAAGUACUAACUUGCCUGCUUCUACAUCUCCCUAAAUGCUCCAAACUGAGUACUUUGGCUAAACUUUAAUUUUUUAUCUGUUCCCAAGGCUUAAACUCAUAAGUGCCUUGCGCUACUCGUAUUACAAAAUGUGUUUUUGCUGAUAUGCGGUUGGUGAGAAAGCCAUAAAGUCACAGUCCUAGGUUUCUGAAUUCGCUAUCUGUUCAGUGCUUUUGUUACAGAUAUACAGCAGUAUUGUGCUUACUAAAUAAUUUGUGUCUUUUUAUUCAUUUUUAAAAUGGGAAGGCCAUGUGAGGGAUAUAUGCAAUUGCUUAAGAAACUAGUGAGUCACCAUUGUGCGUAUUAGAACUGUUAUUUUAAACAGUAUAUACACCUGUAUUACAGUUUGCAAACUCUAGUCCUAUGAAGCCAAAAAAGCUUUGUUUGGCGCCAUAUGUAAUUUUGUAAUAUAUCACUUAAGUUUGAAAUAGGGUUUUUAUUUUCUGGAUGUGUAAAAUGCUUUCUUGCAGCCUAAGUGUGAUGAGCAUCCACAUCGGGUGAUUUGUAAGUCAAAGAACAGUAUUGUCUUGAUUUGGUGCCAGUAUCUUUGUAUUGUAAUAAUUGAAGUCUUGUCAGUGAAAUUAUCAAAUUAGUAAAAAUGGCAUUCACAGCUAGAAAUGGCAUGGCGUCAGUACUGAGGAGUUUGCUGUUUUACGUCUUGAACACCAAGUAUGGAAAUAAUUUAAAAUGCUUAAUACAUUAAAUGUACAUUGUUAAUAAUGGCCAAAGAUUCUUUCCCAGUUGUUUUUGUCAUUAAAACUUAUUACAGCUUUUUAUGAAAAACACAAA